ACAAUACACACAUUUUGUUUUCUUUAGCUUUAUGAAUAUCAUUUGAAACAACAACAGCAAUAAAAAAACGACGAAACGAAAAAGAAAAACGACAUAAACAUCAUCUACAGGAAUAUAUGCAUUCAUAUUAUUAAAACAAAACAAGAACAAAAACAACAAGCAUCAGAAUCGGCAUCAGCUAAAAGCACACUAGCCACCACCGCCAGCAUCAUCAUCGAAUAGUAUAAGCAAGCAGCAGCUAGCCUGGCUGACUUUCGGGCUGCCUUCUUUCUUUGCUCGCUGUGGUCGCUUUUAUAUAGUUGCUGUUGUUGUUCUUAUUGUUAUUGUUGUUGCCUUUGUAUUAUAUUGUACGUUGUAUGUAUGUACAGAUGUACAAUCGGUACGAUGAUGAUUCUUUCUAAUAUGCUAAAAGUAUUUUCCCGGGCAGUAGAGAGUUUACGUCUGUCUGGGAAUUUUGCCAAAAGCAACAAAUUCUGUAAUUCAGAUAGACACUCUCAUCAAGCACUUUCUCCCUGUGUUUAGUCGCCGUCGAUCGUUUCAAAAGCGCGAUCUUUUCCUUAGUUCUUAAUUUUUUGGCUGGGCCAAAAAAUAUAAAAAAUACAAUUAUAUAAAAAUUUCGGUUCGCACAGCAUUUUAAUAACAAUUAUUUUUUACGUUAAGUGCUUCUUACCGCUAAGCCAUGGAAGACGGUCAUGCUAAAACCGUCGAACAAGUAUUACAACACUUUGGUACAGAUGGAGAACGAGGUCUUACUCUUGACCAAGUAAAAGAUAACCAGAAGAAAUAUGGCCCAAAUGAGUUGCCUACUGAAGAAGGCAAAUCUAUUUGGCAGUUGGUAUUAGAACAAUUCGAUGACUUGUUGGUUAAGAUUUUGCUUUUGGCUGCUAUCAUUUCAUUUGUUUUAGCACUUUUUGAAGAACAUGAAGAUACGUUCACUGCAUUUGUAGAACCUUUAGUAAUUUUACUUAUUUUAAUAGCCAACGCUGUUGUCGGUGUUUGGCAAGAAAGAAAUGCUGAAUCUGCUAUUGAAGCCCUUAAAGAAUAUGAACCUGAAAUGGGAAAAGUUGUCCGUCAGGACAAAGCAGGUAUUCAAAAAAUAAGAGCGAAGGAAAUCGUACCUGGCGAUAUUGUCGAGGUGUCUGUGGGUGAUAAGAUCCCAGCUGACAUUAGAAUUACACACAUCUACUCGACCACCUUGCGUAUCGAUCAGUCCAUCUUGACUGGUGAAUCGGUGUCUGUCAUCAAGCACACAGAUCCCAUUCCCGAUCCACGCGCUGUCAAUCAAGACAAAAAGAACAUCUUGUUCUCUGGCACCAAUGUUGCCGCAGGUAAGGCUCGUGGUGUUGUAAUUGGCACUGGCCUCAACACUGCCAUCGGUAAGAUUAGAACCGAAAUGUCCGAGACUGAGGAAAUCAAGACCCCCUUGCAACAGAAAUUGGAUGAAUUCGGUGAACAAUUGUCCAAGGUCAUCUCCAUCAUUUGCGUUGCUGUAUGGGCCAUCAACAUUGGUCACUUUAACGAUCCCGCCCACGGUGGUUCCUGGAUUAAGGGUGCCAUCUACUACUUCAAAAUUGCCGUCGCUUUGGCUGUAGCUGCCAUCCCCGAAGGUUUACCAGCUGUCAUCACCACCUGUUUGGCUUUGGGUACUCGUCGUAUGGCCAAGAAGAACGCUAUUGUCCGUUCCCUCCCCUCUGUCGAAACUUUGGGUUGCACAUCUGUCAUCUGCUCAGAUAAGACUGGUACCUUGACCACCAACCAAAUGUCCGUCUCUCGCAUGUUUGUCUUCGACAAGGUUGAAGGCAGCGACAGCAGCUUCUUGGAAUUCGAAUUGACUGGUUCCACCUACGAACCCAUUGGUGAACUCUUCCUUAACGGUCAACGCGUCAAGGCCUCUGAAUACGAUGCAUUGCAAGAAAUGGCCACUAUCUGCAUUAUGUGCAACGACUCCGCCAUUGAUUACAAUGAAUUCAAACAAUGCUUCGAAAAGGUUGGUGAAGCCACCGAAACUGCCCUUAUUGUUUUGGCUGAAAAAAUGAACCCCUUCAGUGUCAACAAAGCUGGUUUGGAUCGUCGUUCUGCUGCCAUUGCUGUCCGCCAAGAAAUCGAAACCAAGUGGAAGAAGGAAUUCACUUUGGAAUUCUCUCGCGAUCGUAAAUCCAUGUCUUCAUACUGUGUACCCCUUAAGGCUUCUCGUCUCGGAACUGGUCCUAAAUUGUUUGUCAAGGGUGCUCCCGAAGGUGUUUUGGAUCGUUGCACACACGCUCGCGUUGGUACCUCCAAGGUUCCUCUUACUAGCGCCUUGAAGGCCAAGAUCCUCGCUUUGACUGGUCAAUAUGGUACUGGCAGAGAUACUUUGCGUUGUUUGGCUUUGGCUGUUGCCGAUAGCCCAAUGCGUCCCGAUGAAAUGGACUUGGGUGAUUCCACUAAAUUCUACCAAUAUGAAGUCAACCUUACCUUUGUCGGUGUCGUCGGUAUGUUGGAUCCCCCACGUAAGGAAGUUUUCGACUCCAUUGUCCGCUGCCGUGCUGCUGGUAUCCGCGUCAUUGUCAUCACUGGUGACAACAAGGCCACCGCUGAAGCUAUCUGCCGUCGUAUCGGUGUUUUCGGUGAAGAUGAAGACACUACUGGCAAAUCCUACUCUGGUCGCGAAUUCGACGAUUUGUCCCCUGCUGAACAAAAGGCUGCCUGCGCUCGUUCUCGCUUGUUCUCCCGCGUAGAACCCCAACACAAGUCAAAGAUUGUUGAAUAUUUGCAAAGCAUGAACGAAAUCUCUGCUAUGACUGGUGAUGGUGUCAAUGACGCCCCUGCCUUGAAGAAGGCCGAAAUUGGUAUUGCUAUGGGUUCUGGUACUGCUGUCGCUAAGUCCGCCGCUGAGAUGGUAUUGGCUGACGAUAACUUCUCUUCCAUUGUAUCUGCUGUUGAAGAAGGUCGUGCCAUCUACAACAACAUGAAACAGUUCAUCCGUUAUUUGAUCUCAUCCAACAUUGGUGAAGUCGUAUCCAUUUUCUUGACUGCUGCUCUUGGUCUUCCCGAAGCCUUGAUUCCCGUACAAUUGUUGUGGGUUAACUUGGUUACUGAUGGUCUUCCAGCUACUGCCCUCGGUUUCAAUCCCCCUGAUUUGGAUAUCAUGGACAAACCACCCCGCAAGGCUGAUGAAGGUUUGAUUUCUGGAUGGUUGUUCUUCCGUUAUAUGGCUAUUGGUGGUUAUGUAGGCGCUGCUACUGUCGGUUCCGCUGCCUGGUGGUUCUUGUUCGCCGAAUCUGGUCCUCAUCUAACCUACUGGCAACUCACUCAUCACUUGUCCUGCUUGGGUGGUGGUGAUGACUUCAAGGGUGUUGACUGCAAGAUCUUCAGCGAUCCCCAUGCCAUGACCAUGGCUCUUUCCGUAUUGGUCACCAUUGAAAUGUUGAACGCCAUGAACAGUUUGUCUGAAAAUCAAUCUUUGAUUUCCAUGCCUCCAUGGUCCAACAUGUGGUUGAUUGGCUCAAUGGCCUUGUCAUUCUCAUUGCACUUUGUCAUCCUCCAUGUGGAAGUACUUUCUACCGUGUUCCAAGUGACACCAUUGGGCACUGAUGAAUGGAUAACUGUGAUGAAAUUCUCAAUUCCCGUAGUUUUAUUAGAUGAAACACUUAAAUUUGUUGCUAGAAAGAUCGCUGACGUUAACCCCGACUUCCAUUAACGAAAUAAGGCAAACAAACAACCCAACCCCGAUGUAUUUCAUAAAAUAAAAACAUAAAUAAUAUAUAAUUUUUUUCUAAGAUGCUAGCUGCUUAAGUAAUAAAACAGAUACCAAAAAAAGGCAACGGAAAACACGAAACCCAAUCCUGUAAUUUCAUUUUAUAAAUUCGAAAAUACAAAUAAUAAUAUAAACAUUAUUAACAAAAACAAAACAAACAAAAAAAACGUAAUAUUAAACUGAAAAUAUCAAUAUGAAAGACAAAAUUUUAAAAUUGGGCCUAUUAAUACAAUCAUUUAUUAUUAAUUUAAAAAGGGACAAAAGGGAUUCUUUAAAUUGGAUUGCAAAAUUUCAUUUUUGUAUUAAUUAGGGAAUUUGGGCAAAUUAAACAUUAAACAGAAAUCUAAGCGUUUCAACUUUUAGUUUUAAAUAAAAAUAAACAAAAUCAUUUUACAUCUUGUAAACUUUGUCAUUUACCACUACAUCAAUUAAACAAUUCAUACUACUACUACUAUCCUACU